AUGACCUGCUGUGAAGGCUGCACAUCCUGCAAUGGAGUCAGCUUGCUGAUUCUCGUCCUGCUGGGCAUCAUUUUCAACUCAACACCUCUGAUUUACAAGUUACUGGAGAAAGAUGACAAGAACCCCAUCUCUUGCUAUGAGUGGUGGUUCCCAGGAAUUAUAGGAGCAGGCCUGAUGGCCCUUCCAGCAGUGACCAUGGCCUUGGCGUCGAGAAAGAGAGCGUGCUGCAACAACAGGGUUGGGAUGUUUCUUUCAUCUAUUUUUAAUGUCUUCACGAUCCUUGGUGCUAUAUACUGCAUGCUGGUGUCUGUCCAAGCUCUCAUGAAAGGGCCUCUCAUUUGCAGCCCUCAAGUCAACAGUACUGUCAGUUGUGAGUUUUCACUUGGUAACUUCAGUGACAUUGGUGAGAAUUCCCUCAAUCUCAACUGGUUCUUAGAAAAAUCCUGUGUACCGUCUCAGCCUAAUUAUUACUUCGACCGUAAUGGCACAACGCUUGAUGAUAUAGUUGACAACUGGGAUUUCAAGACCAAGGAAGGCAGGCAUAGGACUAUCCAUUUAUCAGUCUUCUUGGGUCUACUGAUUGUGGGAAUUCUUGAAAUCCUGUUUGCACUCAGUCAGAUCCUUAUUGGCUUCCUUGGCUGUCUGUGUGGUGUGUCUAAACGAAGAGAACGCUACGUGUAA